GGCCACUUUGGUGAAACUUAUCUCAGGCUCUCCAGUUUUGGAAGAUUUAACCGUCUUAAGACCGUCUGCCGUUUUAGAAGUGUGCUCACAGAGACUGAAGAGAGUCUAUAUAAAUCAGCCUUUUUCAAAAUGGAGUGGUUAUUGAUGCUCCUAUACUCCAGUUUUUGAUGAUUAAGUGUUACUUAACGAAGAAUUUGAAGAUAAUCAAUAUAGGUUUCACUGCCAAGGUAGAUAUUGAUAUCUCCUUAGGUACGAGCUAUGAUUUAGAUGCUAAUGGUUCAUCCAAGAAAAGCAUGGUUUGCAAUUUCUUCGCCAGUAUUUCAAGGACCAGAUGUCUAGCCAUUAGUCGUAUUACUGUUAAGGUCAUCAAGAAAUUAGAACCUCAGCUCCAAUUUCCUUACCUAUCCCAAUUUAGCGCUAGCUUUUCUGUGUUCGAUCUGAAAGUAUUGCCAAUAAUUCUUUGGAGCUGCCCAAAGCUAAAAUCUCUCAUCUUGGACUUGGUUGAUCGUCCUAGGGAUAAUGGAGAGCCAAAGGUGAUGUUUUCAUCCGUGCCUCCUUGUUUGAUAUCAUCGCUUAAGUUUGCUGAAUUGAAAAGUCCGAUUUUGGGGUAUGAAGGAGAAAUAGAGUUAGUAAGAUACUUCCUGAAGAAUUCAAGAGUCCUGGAGAAACUGAGUCUAAGGUUUGAGAACCAUAAUAGGAAAAAAGCAAAGUCUGUCAUUCUCCAGGAACUCCUUGCAAUACCAAGAUGCUCUAGCACUUGUGAAGUUGUUUUUCUUUGAUUGGCAAAGAACAUUGUUUAACAUGUGAGGUUGUUUAACCUUUCUUAUGUCUCUUUAUAACUGCUCUCGUGUAAUAACAAUUUCUG